CGGGUUUGUCGGGGGCGGGGGAGGGGGGAGGGAGAAAGGGAAGGCAGAAAGAGGUUGGUUGCCACUGGAAAGCCCCGGACACAGGAAGGCUAUACGUACCUCACUUCAUUCAACUUAUCCUCAUAUGGAAUGGUCUCAAAGCCUUUUACCAUCCUCUAUCAGGAGGUUGAUCAAGGUUCAUAAGGAAGAAGAAGGCUGGUAAAGGUCGAGGAGAAGAUGAGAGAGGAGGAAGGAGGCUGGUAAAAGGAUGAGAAAGCCAGGAGAUAGGAAGGGGGUGGGAAAAGGGAGAAGGUGAGAACUUCUUCUCUUCCCCUUUACCUCCAUUCCCUCCAGGCAUCGGGGAAAAGAAUGAAGUAGGGUUUGGAGAUAAGAAGAGGUUGAUAAAAUGAUAAAGUAGGUUGGAGAGAUGGAGGAUGAUAUGCUCCAUUUGAAUAGGAAAGACAUAGAAAAGUAUAGAAGGAGCAGCAGUAUGUUCUGGUUUGGGGGAAAUGGGGUAAGAAAAGAACUUUGGACAAGUGUAGGGAAGGAGAAAAUUAGUAGCAUAGGGAGCUCAGAAAAAAGGAUAGGCAGAUGAAGAAGUCAGGCCUUCAGGAAUGAGGACCCUGUAAGGUUAGUAUUUUUUGAAAAGAGAUGGAAGGCUACCAUUUGAUGGAUUUGUUUGAGUCUCCUUUCAGAAAUCUUCACAGACCAAGCCAGGUUUCUGCCUUCACUCAGGCUGGAUUUUACCACUCCAGCUGCUACUUCAUCCUGGAGGCACCCUGCCUCUUCUCUACCCGAAUGGUGCUACUUUCUGCUGACCCAGGAUCCAGACCUCCUUUGUCCCUUACCUCAGAGCUGGUGUUCCAGGUCUCUCCUAGUGGAAGAACCCACACCAGGAAACAAAGACUUUCCCCUAGACAAUAUUUCUCUAAACUAAGAAACCUGUUUAUUAGUUUGAAUUUGACCCUCCAACUAUUGUUUCACCCUCUUUGAGGACUCAGGAGCUUUUGCCCUUGUACCUCCUUUAUCCUUUGAGGAGAAAUUUCUCCCUAGGAUAGCUUUAGGUCUGGCCCCUGGUGUCAACAUGCUAGUCUGUUUUUAUGAAUAGGACCUUGCCUAUUUCCUGAUUGGCAUGGCUGAGCCAAGACAGGUUCCAGGUGGUCGUGAGACUCCACAAGGGGAGCUUCGGCCAGAUGUUGUUGAAGAUGAGGCCUCUGUGAGUCCAGGUCCAGAGGAAAUGGGAGGAGGAAGAAGCAGCAGUAGCAGUGAGACAAAGUUAUCUCCUAGAGAGGAGGAAGAACUAGAUCCUAGAAUACAGGAGGAGCUAGAGCACCUGAACCAGGCCAGUGAAGAAAUCAACCAAGUAGAGUUACAACUGGAUGAGGCCCGGACCACAUAUCGGAGAAUCUUGCAGGAGUCAGCUCGAAAGCUCAAUACACAGGGCUCUCACUUGGGAAGCUGCAUUGAUAAGGCCCGGCCAUAUUAUGAGGCACGGAGGCUGGCCAAGGAGGCUCAGCAAGAAACACAGAAGGCAGCCCUGCGCUACGAACGAGCAGUGAGCAUGCACAAUGCUGCUCGAGAAAUGGUGUUUGUGGCAGAACAAGGUGUCAUGGCUGACAAGAACCGGCUUGAUCCCACAUGGCAGGAGAUGCUUAAUCAUGCCACCUGCAAGGUGAAUGAGGCAGAGGAAGAACGUCUUCGGGGAGAACGGGAGCACCAACGGGUGACCAGGCUAUGCCAACAGGCUGAGGCCCGGGUACAGGCCUUACAAAAGACUCUUCGGCGAGUCAUUGGCAAGAGCCGUCCAUAUUUUGAGCUUAAGGCCCAGUUUAACCAAAUUUUAGAGGAACACAAGGCCAAGGUGACUGGACUGGAACAACAAGUAUCUCAGGCCAAGACCCGCUACUCCGUUGCCCUGAGAAAUCUUGAGCAGAUCAGCGAGCAAAUCCAUGCCCGCCGCAGGGGUUUGCCUCAGGCCCCAGUUCACAGGCGGUCUUCUCCUGUGGGGGCUGAGGCUGGGCCUGAGAGCGGGGAUAGUGGAGACACCAGGGUUGAGGGGGCAGAGGGUGGGUAUCUGGAGGAAAGUGGGACCCUUGAACCUGGCCCUGCCCCAGAUACCUUGAGCCUCCUGAGCCUUCGCACUGUUGCCUCAGACCUACAGAAAUGUGAUUCAGUGGAACACUUGAGGGGCCUCACAGACCAUGCCAGCUUGGAUGGCCAGGAGCUAAGCCCUGAGGGUGGGGGAGAUCGAGGGAGUGGGAGUCGAGGUCGUCACCAACGAAGCAUCAGCUUGUAGCCCUCACUUUCCCAAAGAGCUGAGAGUGUCUUUUCUUUUUGUCCCUGAUCCUUUUCUCACUCAGGGGGUUCUUACAGACUCUGUUGGUGUCCCUUUUCCUUUUGAGUGCUCCUCUAUUUUGAAAAGCCUCUAUCACCUCUGUCUCUGAUGUUCUCUUCUUUUUCUCUCCUCACUGUUUCAUGCACUUCUCUUUCACUAUUGUAGGUCUCACUUCUGCCUUAUUCUGAGAGGCUCCUCUCACCCCUCUCUUUCCUCACCUGGGCUCUUCUAUCCAUCAUUCUCUGUCUCCUCCCUGAAUUUGUUUCUGUUUCACCUGAAUUUGUCUGUCUCUCAUCCCUCUCUUCUUCCCCUCAGGGAAUUCAGUCCAGAAGGAACAGGAAGCUGACCAGGGGAGUGAUACUGUCCAUGGAGGCUCCAAGUUGCUUUUCUUAUUCUUGCUACAUCCCAACCCCCUAUAGACACAUUUUCCACAAUCAUCUUUCCCCUCUUUAAGGUUCUAAUCUUUUACUAAGACCCCCAAUGCUGCUGCACCCUACUGGGGAUUCUUAUGUUUUUGCCCUAUCCCAAACUGCCUAGAUUGUAACCCUACAAUAUAAGAAGUUCAUUUACUCAAGAUGCCUUUCCCCUAAUUUUCUCUCAGUUUUUUACUGACUCAAAAAAAACUAAAAAAAAAAACCAAAAAAUCCUCAAAACUCAAAAAAGCAGUCAAGUCUUAAUAGGGUGAUGGUAAAGAAAUCUGAGAUUUUCUCCCUCCUUCAUGGUCCCCCAAUCAGCAAUGAAAGUCUAGGUUUCCUGCCAGUGGUCUAUGUAAACAGAGCUCCUGCUCCCAAUAGAUACCCUUUGGUGUUUCUCCAUCUAACUUCUGAUUCUUUUAAGAUUGACAUGGUUCUAAAUUGAGAGAUCAAUUUGAGAGGGCCUGGAGUGAACUUUAAAAUAAAUAACCUUCUUCCAUGCUCUUGUUGGUAGUGAUUCACCAUGUUUUAUCUAUCAAGUGGAAAAUGACUAGUUCUCUUCCCCAGCCGCUCAAUAUAGUGAGUCAAGGAUAGAAUUAUAAACUACUGUUCCUCAUUUUUACCAUCUCUCUUACAUCAUGGGUAGGAGAAUUUGGGAACUGUUGGGCCUAGACCCAAUCCCCCCUGUUCACUCUUACCUUCAUCCAAUAUAAAUUUCUAUAUCCCUCUCAAAGUUUCUUGACUUGGCUGCUAUGUGUUCCCUUCCCACCCCCCACCCUCACCUAUAGCCCCCAUCUAUAGAAGAUGGAGAAUAAGAUGUGCCAGUGAGAGCCCCUCAAUUCUUUAAUUAUAGCUCCAAGGAAAUUAGAGCCUAGAGAGGUCUGUUAUACCUAGAGUAUACAAUGAUCCUCACACAUCCUGAGGGUGUGUGUUAAGGGGAUGUUAUUUUCCUUUUUGACUAUCUAGAAGACAUGGAAAGUGGUUCCUUUUGACAGGGGCUGUAGAAAAAUCCAUUUGUCUUUGUUCUUACCUCAUCUGUGUUUCAUAGGUACUCUUCUACUCCUGCCUACCCCUAAUACACUCAUCUCUGCACAUAUGUUUUUUUGGAGAACAAAGGUUUACAUUUUAAACUCCUAUCCCAAGUGUUGUUUCCCCAGAGCAGGGCAAAAUGGUCAUAAUGAAAACCAUUGUGUUUGAGGUGACUGUUGGGUAGAAGUGGAAGGAGGAUGGGGGAGUAUAUAUGAGAAUGGAGGGGCAGACUGAUAGGACUUUAUUUAAAUAAAAAAUGAACUGGAA